GGUUUAUUAGUCUUAUAUUUCACACACAAUCCCUUCGUCAAGAAAUCUUCAUUUCCUCUUCCCUCCCUCCCUCUUCCCCAAGAUUGCACCUUUGGCCUUUCGUCGCAGGUUUAUAGCGCGGUAGCGGUCGUGGGAGGUGCCACGGGCGGCGGCGGCGGCGGUCGGUUGUGGCCUGCGGUGGAGUGGUCUCUCGCUAGCGUGCCGAUUGGUCGCGGGAGAUUCGUCGAAGAAGGAAAUGUUGGGGAGUCGGCAUUUUGAGGUCCGCCGCGGGCUGGAGCGGCCCGAUCUAUGAUGUGCGUGGUUGAUUCCGCCUCGCAGUUCGUGGAUUGUUUGGUCGUCCGCGCAGGGAGAAGAAGAAGGGGUUGCGGUUUGGUUCUCCGACGCCAGCUUCAUGGCGACCACCAAGCGCGCCUACAAGUUACAGGAAUUUGUGGCACAUUCUUCCAAUGUCAACUGCCUAAAGAUUGGAAGGAAGACUUCGAGGGUUCUUGUUACUGGAGGAGAUGAUAACAAGGUCAAUAUUUGGGCUAUUGGAAAACCCAAUGCCAUAAUGAGCUUAUCUGGUCAUAUGAGUGCGGUUGAGUCAGUAAGUUUUGAUUCUUCAGAGGUGUUGGUGGCUGCUGGUGCAGCUAGCGGCUCAAUAAAGUUGUGGGAUUUGGAAGAGGCAAAGAUCGUUCGCACGCUAACUGGCCACAGGUCUAACUGUAUAGCUGUUGACUUUCAUCCAUUUGGAGAGUUCUUUGCUUCUGGGUCACUGGAUACAAAUCUAAAAAUAUGGGAUAUCAGAAGAAAAGGAUGCAUCCAUACAUACAAAGGUCACACACGAGGGGUUAAUGCCAUUAAAUUCACCCCUGAUGGGCGGUGGGUUGUUUCUGGCGGGGAAGACAAUAUUGUGAAGCUUUGGGAUCUUACUGCUGGAAAGCUUUUACAUGAUUUCAAGCUCCAUGAGGGCCAGAUUCAGUGCAUUGAUUUUCAUCCUAAUGAGUUUCUGCUGGCAACAGGCUCAGCUGAUAGAACUGUUAAGUUCUGGGAUCUUGAAACUUUUGAGUUAAUAGGGUCUGCUGGACCUGAGACUUCUGGUGUGCGUUCUAUGACAUUUAAUCCUGAUGGGAGAACUUUGCUUUGUGGAUUGCAUGAAAGUCUGAAGAUUUUUUCUUGGGAACCAAUAAGAUGCCAUGAUGCAGUGGAUGUGGGAUGGUCUAGACUAUCAGAUAUGAAUAUUCAUGAGGGAAAACUUCUUGGAUGUUCAUACAAUCAAAGCUGUGUUGGAGUAUGGGUUGUAGACCUCUCUCGUAUUGAGCCAUAUGCAAUUGCUAGUGCUGUUAUAACAAAUGGUCACUCAGAAUUAAAGUCUACAUCAAGUGGUAAUCUGUCUCUGCAAGCUGAUAACAACAUAAAGUCUAGUAUGGGGAGGCUAUCGAUAUCGCAAAGUUCAGAACCAAAUUCUAAGGAGACAAAACAAGUAGCAUCAGCUGCAGUCGUUCCUGGUACUCAAAGAAUUGCAACAAGUGCUGGCCAAAAAGCAACUACAAUAACAACAGCACCUGUUGUUACUUCUGUAAAAAGAAGUUCAUCAAAAGCUCAGGCUACGACCAAUCUUCCUACCAUCAACAAAUCUGAAAUAUUUCCUGUCGUUGUCCCAAGAACUAGCCCCAGAUUUGAGCUGUCCUCUGAUUCUACCAAGAGCACUGGGGUUGGAAGAACAGUACCAUAUGAUAUCCAAUCAAAAUUUGCUAAUUUUCAGAAGGUAUCAAACAUCAGAGAUGAUUCAGACAAAGCAGAUAUGUCCGUUCAGUCUGUGGGUACUGAACAUAAUGAACUUUUGGAACAAACUGCUAUUUCUUCUUGCAAUGCUGUAACUCAACCAGUGAUUGCUGGAGAAAAUAACUUGAAUGAUAUUAGACGUGUUAGAACAAGGAGGUUAGGAGCAAACCUAUUCAGAGAAUCAAGUGCAAAUUAUGAUCAGGAAAACUAUAGCAUUAGAGUCCAUAAGCCAAAGGAAGCCUGCUCUUUUGAUGCUCCAAAAGGAGGAAGAACUAAGUCACUUGUUGCAAACUGGGAAAGGAGGGAACGUUCUCCAACCUAUGAUGGACCAAGACUAAGUAGUUCCUCUGAGACAAUGGCCGGUGCUAACUCCUUGUAUUCUUUGAGGGGUCACAAUCGAAUUGCUGAAAAGGAGAUUGUACCUGCUUCUGAUGAAGAUGCUAUUUCUUUUGUAUUGGAAAAACAUGACCAGUUCUUAAAUGUGGCACAGUCUCGAUUGACCAAACUACAGAUAGUUUACCGACUUUGGGAAAGAAAUGACAUCAAGGGUGUUAUUAGUGCAAUCGAGAAGAUGUCUGAUCAUGCUGUCUCUGCUGAUGUAUUAAGUUCUCUAAUGGAUAAAAGUGAUAUCAUCACUCUGGAUAUAUGCACAGCUCUAUUGCCUCUCCUCACUAGCCUUCUUGAAAGUAAGAUGGAUAGGCAUCUUGGUAUUUCGUUGGAAAUGUUGCUGAAGCUUGUCAGGAUCUUUGGUCCUGUGAUCAGCACAACCUUGUCAGCAGGUCCGUCUGUUGGUGUUGAUCUUCAAGCAGAGCAGAGGCUGGAACGGUGCAACUCGUGCUUCAUUGAGCUGGAGAAGGUCAAGCAUAGGAUUUCUUUGCUGAUAAGACGAGGAGGGUCCAUUGCAAAGUCUGCGAAGGAGCUGAAUCUUGCCCUCCAGAACAUGUUGUGACUAACAUAUAUGUACACUUGUAUAGUGGAUUUGCCAUUCUUUAGACCACUUGCCUCCCCAUUACAAGCUAAUCAUUGGGCGCAUACAACGGGCCUUACAGAAUUGGGUGCCGAAGCUGCCCUUAAGCAUUCUAACUGUGAUCUGACAUCUAUGCAAUUAGCGAAGUUGAGUCCAUUCUGCAGCAUGUGAAGAGAAUAUACCUACGAAAGCAGUACAGCAAGGAAGUUCCACAAUACUUCAAGAGAAUCAACUGGAACACAACUGCUGUGUCAUCAUAAGAGUGGGCUUUGCUGUCCUCUACAAAGGUUGGCUGCAUAUGAGGUGUUUGUAUUUUUUCAUUGUGACAAUCGCUCCUAGUAAAGUUUUUAUUUGCUUGGAAUUGGAUUAAGUUGCCGAGGCCUUCAAUUGUUAGGUUGAGAAGGCUAAGAGGCGACUUUUUCUUUAUUUCUUUCUUGUAUCAUGAUUUGAACAACCAAAGAAAAAAAGAAAGAGUGAAAGCUUAUCAACAAAUUUGAAUCAGAA